ACUUUCUACACAGAGCAAGAACAUUCUCUCCACCAAAGUCGGCCCAGAUUGGCUGAUGUAUUCACAGAGAUGUGGGACUCUUUUAGCUAAGCACUGACUUCCUUCACCUCUUUAAUCAUCAGGCUCGUUUAUCUUCAGGAGGAAUCCGAUGACAUUGCUUUUGCUGUUUUGCAAAACCCCCUUGAAAUUUCCCAAGGAUAUCCGCGGUUUGCCUCGCUGUUAAGGACCAACCCAGUACCGAACAGCCUGUUCUAAGCCCCAGAGAGGUGGACGUGGCUGGAAUGACUAUCCAGACCUCAGAAGGCCAUCCUGGCUCGGGAACUGAUGUGUUUGUCCUGCAGAGCCUACAAGGGGAUGAAGAAGGCAGCACAGCAGGAAGGAGUGUCAGUGAUUUGGAGCAGACACAGGUCUUGGAAACUCCCCAUCUCCCACCUCUACUUCCCAUGGCCCCUGGGGGCUCUCAGGAGGAGCUGUCUCCAUGCCACCUGCUGACAGUGAGGGUCAUCCGGAUGAAAAACGUCCAACAGGCUGACGUGGUAAGCCUGACAGACUGCUUUGUGAGCCUCUGGCUGCCCACCAGCUCUCAUAAGAGGCUGAGGACUAGGACCAUCUCCAACUGCCGAAACCCAGAGUGGAAUGAAAGCUUCAAGUUCCAGAUCCAGACCCAGGUGAAGAACGUGCUAGAGCUGAGCGUCUGUGAUGAUGACACGGUGACACCAGAUGACCAUUUAUUGACAGUUCUCUAUGACCUCACCAAGCUCUGCUUCCGAGAGAAAACCCACGUGAAGUUCCCACUCAACACAGAGGGCAUGGAGGAGCUGGAGGUGGAGUUCCUGCUGGAGGAGAGCCCCUCUCCACCUGAGAGUCUCAUCACGAAUGGCGUGCUGGUGUCUCGACAAAUGUCCUGCCUGGAGGUUCAUGCAGAAUCCAGGAGACAGAAGAAUAGGAAAAUGAAGGACCUCCUGGUGACAGUAACAGAGUCCUUCGAGCACACCCAGCACAUCUCAUGCUGCCUGGAGCCCUGCGGCCCAAACCCUGCCUGCUUCCACUACCCCAAGUACUUCCAGCCCCAGAUCCACGUGGAGGUGCCCAAGAGCCAGUGGAGCUCUGUGCUUUGCCGCUGCAAUGCGUGCAAGAACGACCCUGUGUGCCAGUCCCUGGAUUGCCUCCCUGACGGCCAGGCGGUGACCCUGCCUGUGAACAAGAAUUGUGAAUUACACAUGAAGUCUACACCCUGCUCCGAGGCACUGGACGUGCGGCUAGGCUUCAGCCUGUGCCAGGCAGAGCUGGAGUUCCUGCAGAAGCGGAGGGUGGUGGUGGCUGAGGCGCUGAAGCAGGUGUUGCAGCUGGAGGAGGACCUGCAGGCAGACGAGGUCCCACUGAUAUCCAUCAUGGCCACUGGGGGUGGGACAAGAUCCAUGACUGCCAUGUAUGGCCACCUGCUGGGGCUGCAGAAGCUGAACAUCCUGAACUGUGCCAGCUACAUCACUGGCCUGUCAGGGGCCACCUGGACCAUGGCUACCUUGUACCGUGACCCUGACUGGUCCUCCAAAAACCUGGAGCUUGCCAUCCUCGAGGCGCGGAGGCACGUAGUCAAGGACAAGAUGCCCGCUCUGUUCCCAGAUCAGCUCCUCAAAUUCCGGGAGGAGCUGCAGCAGCGCAGGCAGGAAGGCUACAAAGUCACCUUCACAGACUUCUGGGGUCUGCUAGUCGAGGCCUGUCUGGGGGACGAGAGAUAUGAAUGCAAACUGUCAGAUCAGAGUGCUGCUUUGUGUCAGGGCCAGAACCCCCUGCCCAUCUACCUCACCAUCAAUGUAAAGGAUGACGUAAGCAACCAGGAUUUCAGAGAGUGGUUCGAGUUCUCCCCCUACGAGGUGGGCCUGCAGAAGUAUGGAGCCUUCAUUCCCACCGAGCUCUUCGGCUCCGAGUUCUUCAUGGGGCGGCUGAUGAGGAGGAUCCCAGAGUCGCGGAUGUGCUACAUGCUAGGUCUGUGGAGCAGCAUCUUCUCCCUGAACCUGCUCGAUGCCUGGAAUUUGUCCCACACCUCGGAGGAGUUUUUCCACAGGUGGACAAGGGAGAGAGUGCAUGAUAUAGAAGAUGAGCCACUCCUACCUGAAAUCCCCAAAUGUGAUGCCAACAUGCUGGACACCACGGUGGUGACGCCAGGGUCAUGGCUGUCCAAUACUUUCCGCAACAUCCUCACCUCCCGGGCCUUUGUGUCUGAGUUCCACAACUUCCUGCUGGGGCUGCAGAUGCACACUGACUACUACCAGAACGGCCAGUUCUCCACGUGGAAGGACUCGGUGCUAGAUGGCUUCCCAAACAAGCUGACAGCGUCCGUGAACCACUUGUGCCUGCUGGACACUGCAUUCGUCAUCAACUCCAGCUACCCGCCCAUCCUCAGGCCGGAGAGAAAAGCUGACCUCAUCAUCCACCUCAAUUACUGUGCUGGGUCCCAGACAAAGCCCGUGAAACAAACCUGCAAGUACUGCACCGAGCAGAACAUCCCCUUCCCCAAAUAUGAGGUGCAGGAGGAGGAGGAUAACCUCAAGGAGUGCUACCUGAUGGAGAGCUCCCAGGAGCCCGAUGCCCCCACUGUGAUUUUCUUCCCACUCAUCAGUGACACCUUCCAAAAGUACAAGGCCCCAGGUGUGGAGCGAAGCCCCGAGGAGCUGGAGCAGGGCCAGGUUGACAUCUAUGGUCCCAAAUCUCCCUACGCCACCAAGGAGCUGACGUACACAGAGGCCGCCUUCGACAAGCUGGUGAAGCUCUCCGAAUAUAACAUCCUGAAUAACAAGGACAAGCUCCUUCAGGCCUUGCGACUAGCAGUAGAGAAGAAGAAACGCCUGAAGAGUCAGUGUCCCCCUAAAGUCCCAGGACACUCGUAAAGAGUCCCCCCUAAAGUCCCAGGGCAGUCCUGUGUCUGCUUCUAGCAUCAGAGGUGCAGAACCCAGGGCUGACCGGCCCUCAGAGCCAGCUCCGCUGUCUAGCAAGGGCUGCAGGCAGGCUGGCCUGGGCUUUCUAUCAAAAAAAUUAAAAUUAAAAAAAAAAAAGGUUGAAGGAGAAAGAGAGACAAAGGAAAAUAACAAAGGGAUGUAAUGGGGCUUUAUACCCACUGGAAUUUUUUUUUAAA